AUGGUUGGCGGCCAGAUUCUGGAUGCUAUUGGCGAAUUGUCUGCUUUGAUCCGGCAUCAAGAUCACCAUUGUCACUCGAGUUUUAUGUCGAUAAAUGGUUCGGGUGUUGUUGGUGCUUCGACCGGUGCAACCUGGACCCCUGAGGCGGCAGCACCGUACUCCGAUUUCGACAGCGUCAACGGAGUCGGGCUUUCAGCAAGCGAUCCAGGUUGUUUAUUCGCUACAAAGCACCCUCCGGGCCCGCCCUCGACCAAUUUACCAGAUACACGGAGUGAGGAGCUGUGCCGUCUAGAGGCAAAGUACAUCGAGGGUGUUCACUACAAGAACCCUUUUCUGGAUCUGGCGGAGCUGCAUCAGACGGUGCUGUACUUGGCGGAGAAUGGCCUGGAUUGGUCGACACAGACGUGUUUGGUGACCUUAGUGUGUGCCAUUGGAGCCAUAACUCAACAGUAUCAGGACCAACAUAUGUCACCCGAGAACUAUCCAAUACCCGGAGCACCACCUAUGCUGAGUUCGUCCACUCCGGGUGCAUUCGGAUCUGAGCCAGAUCUUUCCGCUCAGUUCUGGAGCCUUUCUGUAAAGAGACUAGGCUUGACUGUAGGGCAGCCCACGGUACAGGCUGUGCAAUGCCUUUGUCUGGCAGGUAUCUGGUAUAUGCAGGAGAUGGACCCGAUCAGGGAGUGGCAGUACUUCAAUCUAGCCGGAUCUGCUUGGUAUGGUAUCACGUUGCUUGACCAGGGAACCGCUAAGGAACCAUCACUCAGUGAGAAUUCUGGGGCUGCAAGUGUUAUGCAAGUACUUUACAUUACAAUAUGGAAGUCCCUGUGCGAGAUACGGCUCCAGCUUGACGUGCCAGGGGUGUUUGACAGUAUCGGCCUACCAUACGAUUUCCCCGUGGCUCCUCGCAGCAGCCCCUUGAUGGUCACUCCUCGGCUGGUGCCACUGAACGUGGCUGGUACUACUAUCUCAGUGAAAUCGCGGCUCGGCACCAGAUAA